AUGGUAGACAACGGUAGUGACGACAUGCAAAGGGUAGACAACUGUAGUGACGACAUACAAAGGUCAGAGAAAGGUAGUGACGGCGUACAAAAGUCAGACAACGGUAGAGACGACAUACAAAGGUCAGACAACGGUAAUGACGACAUACAAAGGUCAGACAAGGGUAGUGACGACAUACAAAGGUCAGCCAUCGGUACUGACGUCAUACAAAGGUCAGACAGCGGUAGUGACGACAUACAAAGGGAAGACAACGGUAGUGACGUCAUACAAAGGUCAGACAAUGGUAGUGACAACAUACAACGGUCAGACAACGGUAGUGACGGCAUACAAAGGUCAGACAACGGUAGUGACGGCAUACAAAGGUUAGACAACGGUAAUGACGACAUACAAAGGACAGACAACGGUAGUGACGAGAUACAAACGUCAGACAACGGUAGUGCCAGCAUACAAAGGUCAGACAACGGUAGUGACGACUUACAAAGGUCGAACAACGGUAGUGACGACACACAAAGGGUAGACAACGGUACUGACUACAUUCAAAGAGUAGACAACGGAAGUGACGACAUACAAAUGUCAGACAACGGUAGUGAUGACAUACAAAGGUCAGACAACGGUAGUGACGACGUACAAAGAGUAGACAACGGUACUGACUACAUACAAAGUGUAGACAACGGAAGUGACGACAUACAAAUGUCAGACAACGGUAGUGACGAUAUACAAAGGUCAGACAACGGUAGUGAUGACAUACAAAGAGUAGACAACGGAAGUGACUACAUUCAAAUGUCAGACAAUUGUAGUGACGACAUACAAAGGUCAGACGACGGUAAUGACGACAUACAAAGAGUAGACAACGGUAGUGACGAGAUACAAACGUCAGACAACGGUAGUGCCAGCAUACAAAGGUCAGACAACGGUAGUGACGACUUACAAAGGUCGAACAACGGUAGUGACGACAUACAAAGGGUAGACAACGGUACUGACUACAUUCAAAGAGUAGACAACGGAAGUGACGACAUACAACUAUCAGACGACGGUAGUGACGACAUACAAAGGACAGACAACGGAAGUGAUGACAAACAAACGUCAGACAACGGUAAUGAUGGCAUACAAAGGUCAGACAACGGUAGUGACGACAUGAAAAGGACAGACAACGUUAGCGAGGACAUUCAAAGGUCAGACAACGAUAGUGAGGGCAUAGAAGACAACUUUAGUGAUGACAUACAAAGGUCAGACAACGGUGUUGAUGACAUACAAAGGUCAGACAACGGUAGUGAUGACAUACAAAGGUCAGACAACGGUAGUGACGACAUACAAAUGGCAGACAGCCGUAGUGACGAUAUACAAAGGUCAGACAACGUUAGUGACGACAUACAAAGGUCAGACAACGGUAGUGAAGACAUACAAAGGUCAGAUAACGUUAGUGAUGACAUACAAAGGUCAGACAACGGUAGUGACGACAUUCAAAGAUCAGACAACUCUAGUGAUGACAUACAAAGGUCAGACAACGGUGUUGAUGACAUACAAAGGUCAGAGAACGGUAGUGACGACAUACAAAGGUCAGACAACGGAAGUGAUGACAUAUAA